UAAACCUAGUAGGGUUGGUAGGCGCUUGAGACCAUCCUGGACAUAACAACCGAAGGAUAGGAUGCCGUCAAAAGCCUUGAACUGAAUCCAGCUUGCGUUACCGCAACGUUGAUUUACCACGGGUGACAUACGGUAUACUCUGCAUGCUGGUCAGCCCACGAAGCUCAACUCGACGAAUCCAUCGUGUAAGCGUGAUUAAAGCAUGCUAGGACGAGUUUGAGGGAACAUACGGUUUAUCGACAGCCAUGGAGGCAUAGAGGGUUUGUAGCAACUCCAUACCACACCUUCAACUUAGGACUGUUCAUGUGAAGUCGCUGCUUACAGAGGAGGUAGAGUCUCUUUAUGUCAACUUGCAGCGUGAUAAAUGUCAACGUUGAUGAUCACUGUUAGUUAGACGCUUCCCCGCUUGACCCCACUUCUUUCCUACAUCAUUACAUUCUACAAACAGCAGUUAUUGAGUGGUUGAUAUCCAUCCUAGUCCUAUGCAACAGAUUCCUUUCCUUGCUCGGUUGUUGCAUUCCUCUCGGUCUUCACACAAGAUGGCAUACACCAGCGAUCUUGUCAAGCUUGCACAAAGACUCACGUCUGAAGGUGAAGGCCCUUAUAGAUGUGAACACACGCCGCGCCGCGUGCGAGCCCUGCUGAAUGGCAAAUACGUCAUCGACACGAUCGAGGCGUACCAUGUAUGGGAGCAUCCAAAUUUCCCGCAGUUCUACGUUCCUGUUUCAAGCUUCACCCCAGAUGCCAAACUGACAAGAUUGUCGGUUGUUGACGGUACAGAUGGUGGUGCACAUCUUGCGCGCCUCAGCAGUGGCAAUCGCAGCACCGACCGCGUCGUCAUCUUCAACAGCAGUAAGCUGAAAGACCUUGUCAAGGUUGAUUUUCACGAAAUGGACCAAUGGUUCGAAGAAGACGUGGCAGUCUUCGGCCACCCCAAAGACCCGUACAAGCGCAUCGACAUCCUCAACUCGACGCGCACGGUGAGAGUGGUUUUGGAUGGUGUUACGCUGGCUGAGAGCUCGAGCGCGUUGUUUCUCCUGGAGACGACGUUGCGCACGCGGUAUUAUCUGCCGCCUACGAGUGUGAGGUGGGAGUAUCUGUCGAAGAGUGGGUUGGAGACGCUGUGUCCGUACAAGGGCCGGGCAAACUACUAUGAUGUGCGUGUCGGGGGCAAGGUGUAUAGGGAUGUGGUGUGGUAUUAUCGGUAUCCGACGGCCGAGAGCGCGCCGAUUGCCGGGUACAUGUGUUUUUACAACGAAAAGGUGGAGGUGUGGGUGGACGGGGUGAAGGAGGGGUGAUAUCAGCAUAUCAUUAGUAUAUCGCUAGCAUAUCAUUGGUAUAUCGUGGGUAGAUCAUUUGCAUUAUUAUUGUAUUAUUGGUAUAUCGUCAGCAUAUCAUGGACAGCUGGUGUGGAGGUGGGUGUCGAGUAAUGGAUGUGUUUGUUGUGUUGAGGGUUGAGAUGGUUCUAGCGUGCAGACUGAC